GUCCGCCCCACAUUAAGUCAAGCCGGCCGGAGGAAGCUGGUGCAGUCGGAAGCGUCUCCUGCGUCCCGUCUGGUCGGUCCCCUGAGGCUAGAGGACCUCAGGUGUGUCAGCAUCUGGGACCAGGGAACUUCUGCUGUCCAAGAGUUUGAGUUCCCCAGUCUACAUUCAAAUCCUGUGGAAUGAGGGAGGAGCCGGUUAGGCCUGCUUCUGCGCCUGAGUUCUCAAGGAAAACCCAGACUCUGCCCUGGGGAACAAACUGAAUCCUGAGCUUGAGGACAUCAGCAAGUGUGAAGAGCAGAGAGUGGCAAGAAUGAGAGGGGGGUCAUUCCACAUACACAGGAGAGCAAUUUCCCGCAGUUCAUUGAAAUCGAGGAACAUGAUAAGGAGGUGGCUGGUUAUUUUUAUCCUUUUUCCCCUGAAGCUCAUAGAGAAAUGUGAGUCCACGGUCAACUUCUCUGUUCCUCCCACUGUGAAGCUGGAAAAUGGAAGCUCCACCAACGUCAGCAUCUCCCUCCCGCAUCCUUUAAAUGCAACCUUGGUGAUCACUUUUGAAAUCACAUUUCGUUCAAAAAACGUUACUAUCCUUCAGCUCCCUGAUGAAGUUGUGGUCCCUCCCGGCGUGACAGAUUCUUCUUUUCAAGUGACGUCUCAAAACGUUGGACAAGUUACCACUUACCUGCACGGAAAUCACUCCAACCAGACCAGCCCAAGGAUACGCUUCUCCGUGAUCCACAGCAAUGUCGUCAGCAUCAUAAACCAGGUGAUCGGCUGGAUCUACUUUGUGGCCUGGUCCAUCUCCUUCUACCCGCAGGUGAUCACCAACUGGAGGCGGAAAAGUGUCGUGGGUCUGAGCUUUGACUUCGUGGCCCUGAACCUGAUGGGCUUCGUGGCCUACAGCGUGUUCAACAUCGGCCUCCUCUGGGUGCCCUCCAUCAAGGAGCAGUUUCUCCUCAAAUACCCCAAUGGCGUGAACCCCGUGGACAGUAAUGACGUCUUCUUCAGCCUGCACGCGGUCGCCCUCACCCUGGUUAUCAUGGUGCAGUGCUUCCUGUACGAGCGAGGCAGCCAGCGGGUGUCCUGGCUGGCCGUCAGCUUCCUCGUGCUCUCCUGGCUCUUCACACUCAUCGCCCUGAUCAUGGCCGCAGUCAGGGCCACCACGUGGCUGCAGUUUCUCUUCUUCUUCUCCUACAUCAAGCUGGCAGUGACGCUGGUCAAGUAUUUUCCACAGGCCUACUUGAACUUUUACUACAAAAGCACCGAGGGCUGGAGCAUUGGCAACGUGCUUCUGGACUUCACUGGGGGCAGCUUCAGCCUCCUGCAGAUGUUCCUCCAGUCCUACAACAACGACCAGUGGACGCUGAUCUUUGGAGACCCAACCAAGUUUGGCCUCGGCAUCUUCUCCAUCUUCUUCGAUGUUGUCUUCUUCAUCCAGCAUUUCUACUUGUACAGAAAGAAACCAGGGCUUCGGGCAGCACACAGGGCUUCUGGCAGCCGUCCCAGGCAGGACUGAGCACUGAGCUUGAAGCCAAAGGCCUGGCCCCAAGCAACCAGUGUUUCUGGGAGCAGCUUGAAGGACUGACCUUGCAGCUGGGAGAGCCAAGGGUGCUUUGCUGCCACUGCUGUCUUCAGAGACCAAGCAGCCAGGUGCCGUGACCAAUAGACCCGAGGUGCUGGUGCUGGUGGCAGGGGGGCUAGGACUUUGGGGUUAGGCCUUGGGGUCCCUCCUCUGAAGGCCGCAUUCUCUGAGCACUCACUGUCCUGACACUCAUUCUACAUAAAUCCACUUCCACGACUGCAAUCACAGGUGGCCCAGGCCAGGCUCUGGUAAAGAAACAGUAUUUCUGAGCCUUGAGGUACCCAACAGAUUGGUUCAGAACCGGGCUCACAUCCAAUACUCUCUGGAUCCUUAUCACACUAACGACCCUUUUGGAUUUUUCAGAGGGAUGUUUUGGAAGUGAGUGGCUUACUUUCUUUUGCUUCUGCCUAUCUCCACUUACCCAUAGUCAGGCCCCAAGCCCCUCCAACUGCUCCUUACCCUGAGUCUGGAGUACAGGACACACACACACACCAGUCUGUGCCUUAGACGCCUGUUAGACUUGCCAGGUGGUGAAAACAGCUCCCCUGACGGGGAGGCCAGGCCCCCUUCCCUCCCCAGACCCCUACCUGAGACUCACCAAUUUGUGGCUGUUCAGGAGCCUCAGAUAAGGACUUAAGACCAUCUCACACAAUCCUUAUGGGCCCAACCUGAUCCCAAAGCCCCUCCUUUCCCACUCCAAGCAGUUGUCCUUCCUUUGGAGGAGGAGAGGGUCCCAGGACGUGCCUUGUACAUGCCAUGAGCUUGUCAAUCCACUCUCAUAGUUGUUAACCAUGAGAUCAACAUGAAGGGCUUCUGUCCUUAAUUAAACCUGAUUCAUUUCCUCCGCACACUGAGCAUUUGCCAGAUGCAGGAGGCAGGGGUGUUGGCUUCAGAACCAAGUCCUUGGGGCUUAGGGAGACAGCCUCAGUCACUCGUGUAAGGAAAUGCGUUGGGAUUUCGAAGUUCGCUGAUUCCAAGGUGGCUGCGUGCCUACCCAGCAUUUCAUCAGGGGAGCUCUGCUGGGUGGCACAAGAUGCCUACCUGCUCAGGGCCAGGUAGGUCCCACAGGGACACUGUCUGCGUUACCAAGGGCAUGGCACUCAGGCUGUGGUUGUGAGCACGGGCUGGAUGAGGUCUUUAAGGGCACGUGGGGGAAGGGUGGGGGAGAAGUCUUCCAGAUCCUCUAGCCAGGUAUAAGUAUCAAAGAACUUAGGAUCUUGUUUCCCUAAAGCAGAAACUGCAGCUUGACCAAGCCCAUACACCUGUUUUAUUUGGGCCACCCAGUCUGUGAUUGGGUACCACACUUUAAAGGUGGGAGAUUGCAAAAAUCUGACUUUGGCGGUGCUAGGUGGGUCCAUAAGCGGCAACAAUUCCCAGAGCUGGUAAUGCAGCCAGUGCUGGGCCAAGCAAAGGCCUCAGUGCUCCCCAGCUCCCCCCUAUCUCCUCAGAUCACAGCCCCUGGAAACAUUUGGGGCUGCAUCCCUGGCUGUGCUAAACUGAAUGCUCUUAAGAGUCUUAGGGGGUGGAUGUUCUCCCUUUGUGUCCAUGAGGUCCCUCCCCAGUGGGAGCUGAGGCUAGGUUACACGAGGGAAGUUGGGGGUUCCUGGCCCAGUUCCAGUGAAGGUACUCCCAGACACUCCCAUGCGGGCGGCCCUGG